AUGGAAAUUGCGCCUUCCAAUAUGGCUAUGCAGUCUGGUUAUUUGCGUCUUAGCUUAUGGGACGUUUGUCCUCAUUUUUGCCGUCCUCAAAUCAAUUUAAAGACGGGCGUCAAUUCUAGAGUCCGAUCAAAUUCUCUGUUGAGGAAAAUUAUGAAAACUUCUUCUGGUCAUUCGUCGACGCUCCUCACGAAUCGGAUACCAACAAAUGAUCACGAUCAAUCUAAACAGGAUAAUAAGACCCGAAACACUGAGUGGGUUGCAAGCGCUUUACGGGUGUGUGGAAAGUGGUCUGAGCAAUUGAGUUCCAAGGGUAAAGUCUACUAUUACAAUUGCGAAACAUAUACUUCCCAAUGGCAAAAGCCUAUCGAUUGGAAUCUUCCCGAUAUGACUCAAAGUGAACUUCAUCAGGUUAUUAGUGAUCGACAAGGUGGGGCUCAAGGUAAUAAGCGUCCCUAUUCAGUGAUAAGCCAAUCCGAUCGUUCAAAAUCACGUCCUCAGGAUGACACUUCUCCCAAGAGAGCCAAGACCGCUACUGUAGCAAAAAAUAACGUCGAUCGAUCUAAAGGGGAGAAUUCGUCACUUCAACGACCCGAUUCCCAUAAUUCUCAUCGGGGUGCUCCUAAAAAUAAUGACCACACAAGCCACGGAUCAGUGCAACGAUUACUUACAAAUAUUAAGGAUUCUAUUUCUAGUACGUGUGCAGCUAAUUGUCGCGAAAGUGAAAAUAUCCGGGAUUGUGGCACUUCUUUACCCUCUAGUCAAAAUAAAAUUCACCAUAACUCCACUCACAAUGAUGUUGAUCGAAUUGAUUCCCAUUCCCCACGGCCUCGUGUUGUGGCUCCUUCCAAGCUAGCUUAUCAAAGUCCUCUGACCGCUAAUGCCGCUCACUCUGGACAUCCGGUAAAUAGUGAAAACCAGUCCGCAUCUCGAACAUCAAGCCCCUUCCCUCCCCAACAGCACGGACUUUCGAAUGAUAAACCGGUUUUGAGUAACGGUUUCUCUUUAUUGCCUGAUCCCCACUUGAAAGACGCUAACGCUUUGAACACAAAAGAAAGGCGUCCAUCUGUGUCUGACAGGCAAUCCUCAUCUCCAUGUCGAACCAACCCCUUAAAACCGGAUCAAGUCCUUCGAAAUCUUGUGCCUGUUCUCUCCUAUGUUAUUGCAUCAAGUAAUAACAACCGGACUCCUCAUGUUAAUUCCAACAAUUCCCGUUCGCAGCCCUCGGUCGUGAACCUUAUUUCCUCUAUCCUUGAGUCGCACAAAAAAAUGGCCGAUGGUCGCUCAGCGUCACAUACCUCCUCUCCUGUGUCUAAC